AGCGCUUGGCCCAAAUGAGAUUCAUGUGAGCUGCUGCUGGACCAUGCAGUGGUGCCCAUCGGGCUGGUAGCGAAGUUCUUCGUCUUGGCAGUUUUCAUUUUGUUCUCUUGCUUGGAAGCGGCGCUCAAGGCACCCCGACAUUGACCCGUAGCUCCGACCUUGGCCCGCAGCCCGACCUGUGCGCCCUCGCCUUCCGCCGCGAUGCCGGCCGAGGAGCAGCGCAUCGAUCCCGAGGAUGGCAUGGCGCAGACCCUGGCGCAGCUGCGGCGGAAGUAUGCCGGCAGAUACCACCGGGACGACAUCGACGACUACUGGCACAGCCACUGCGUGCCCCUCGAGGGCAGCCCGGGGGGCGGGAACGACCCGUUCCUCACCCACAACUCGCAGCAGCCCAGGGCAGCCGGGAGCGCGAGGGAGGACCCCUUCCUCGCCCACGCACCAGCGCAGGCCCCUCAGGCAAACCUGAGGGAGGACCCGUUCAUGACUCAUGGGCAGUUCGCUUCGCAGGAAGCGAGGGACAGCUACCGCGAGGACUCCCACAGGGCGCGGACCCUCCGCCCCCCCCCCCCCCACGUGGCACGCUGCCGGCUGGUCGCUGCGACGGCACUGACGUGAAGUCCGAUGCGGAGGUGUUCGCGCCCCUCCCCUGCCCUCCCGGCCCCCUCCCCUCUCCGCGCUUCCCC